AUGAAGGCACCCAAAAUUGUACGAAAGCUCUCUCCUAGGCGUAUCUUUGGAACCAAAUCCAAGCAGCAAAAGGACACAACCCCACAAAAGGCAGAUGAAGCUCCUGUGCCUGUGGUUAUCAAACCAGACACUCCUAUCGUCAUCAAGCCCAACCUUGCUGAACGAUCCUGGCGUGGUUUUCUUCAACCACUUGAAAAUGUCGCUUGCUCAAGAACAGUGGGAGACAGCGGCAGUCUGGCCUCCAUCGACGAGUCAAUGGAAGAGCAAACAUCUUCUGAACGAAAACGGUUUCUAGCCGCCAACAAUGGCAAUGAGAGCAAAGCCAUGGAGCAAUUGCAAGGAUACUUGAAAGCCAGAAAUGAACACCAAGGCACUCAAUGUCAACUUGAACGCCUCUAUGAAAACCUUAUUGCUGAACAUGGACAGGACUACUAUGAUUGGAUGGUAGCCUCUGAGGCUGCCAAGCAAGCCCACAAUGUUGCUGGGGAUACACCAUUGCCACGUAUUGUCCGUGUCCACACCAUGGACAAUGGUAAAGAAGCCUGUGACCUUGAUGGUCAUCGAGUCCUCCACUUUCUCCCAGCACAACUGGACAAAAGCAUCUGCAGCCUCAAGACAUACACAUUGGCCAUCUUUCUUUACCUGGAUCGAAAGCUUGGCCGUGAAUCUGAGGAGCAAGUCACCAUCCUCAUGGAUCUCCGAGCUGGAGCUGGCUGGGCCAACCCCAAGGUCUUCAACAUUAUGCCAUUCAUUGAAGACACAUGUCAACUGAUGCUCAGCAAGUUCCCAGAGCGCAUGCACAGAGCCAUCAUUUAUCCCCUCCCGUAUGCAUUGACCUGUGUGCUUCGAGGCAUUGUUCGCAAUGUCUUGGAUACCACAACUUCCAAGAAGCUAGCGAUCCUGUCGGGAGCUGCAUGGGUUGAUUCCCCUUUGCCCAAGCAACAACUCCUCAAGUAUGUGGAUGAAACAGUGGCAACCAUCUGCGAGGAUGCUCGCUUGAACGACUUCAAGAACUAA